AUGAUCAUCACUCUCGCCCGCUCGCUGCUCUCAGUGGAGCCCCCUAAGGGAGAGCCAGUGGAUUCAACUGCCUUCUGGUGCAGGAUUGCCAUCAGUGCUGUUCUUGUGCUUGCCGGAGGUGUAUUUGCAGGAUUAACUCUCGGACUGAUGGGGCUGGAUGAAUUGCACCUGCGUGUCCUGGCUACGUCAUCAGAGGACUUGACGGAGAAACGCAAUGCGCAAAAAGUAUUGAGACUGAUGCAGAGAGGUCGGCAUUGGGUAUUAGUGGUACUUCUUCUGGGCAACGUUGUCAUCAACGAAAGUUUGCCGAUCUUUCUUGAUGGUGCCAUUGGUGGAGGCAUUGCGGCUGUCGUAAUUUCUACCACAGCGAUAGUCAUUUUUGGGUAUGUUCUCGCCCCUCUCGGAGUUGGACUUGCUGAGCAGACGACAUGUUCUUCUCUUCCGCAGAGAGCUGUUAGCGUCAGAUAUGGCCUCGCAAUUGGCGCACGAUGUGCGCCUUUCGUGCUCUGCCUGAUGUAUUUGUUUGCUCCCAUCGCAUACCCUACUGCGAAGCUCCUCGAUUACGUUCUAGGCCAGAAUGAGGGUCAUACGUACAAGAAGGCUGAGCUCAAAUCUUUUCUGCAGUUCCAUCGCACGGGAGAGGAACCGCUACGGGAUGACGAGAUCAGCAUAUUGAAUGGCGUGCUGGAGCUCAAUACGAAGAAUGUGGAGACAAUCAUGACACCCAUCAAGGACGUCGUAACGCUGAGCUCAGACACCAUCCUUGAUCACAACACAGUAGACGCAAUUCUCGCAAGUGGCUACUCACGCUUUCCUAUACAUGAACCCGGGAAUCCACUAUCAUUCCAAGGGCUUCUGCUCAUCAAAAAGCUGUUGGUAUACGACCCCGCGCGCGCUCUCCCAGUCUCGGAUUUCAAGCUUUCGAUUCUUCCCGAAGCACAUCCAAGUAUAAAUUGUUUCCAGGCGCUGGAUUACUUUCAAACGGGACGCGCCCACUUACUACUGAUUAGUCGGACACCUGGCACUGCAGGCGGUGGAAUUGGAGUGAUCACACUCGAAGACAUCAUUGAGUUUAUAUCCAAAGUUAACAAAGUUUUGCAGGAAAUCAUAUCAGAAGAAAUCGUGGAUGAAACAGAUCGAUACGAGGAUAAUCAGAGUAAAAAACGUGCGAAGCGAAUGACUACGGCUACUAUAAUGCGAGGGAUUGUGGAGCGAGAGGGGCGAGAGCGAAGUUUAACGCGAGUGACGUCUUCCGACCGGAUACCCCUGUUGCGCGAGACACCUCUCCUACCAUCCACUCCACUUUCCGAGACCAAUUAUCCGAAUCCUCGCUACGGCGCGAUACUCAGCCCGUCCCCCAAAAUAUGA